AAUCAUGUCCUCCACCAAAAGAAACGUAAAGGACACUUGAUCACACAAUCCUUGGAAUUAUUUCCAGGAAACAGUCGCAGAAACCAUUCAGAGCACCCCUUCCCUGGCAGCACACACGGGGACGGCCAGGAGAUGAGCGCUUCUUUGAAUUACAAGUCUUUUUCUAAAGAGCAGCAGACCAUGGAUAACUUGGAAAAGCAACUCAUCUGUCCGAUCUGCUUAGAGAUGUUCACGAAACCCGUGGUCAUUCUCCCCUGUCAGCACAACCUGUGUAGGAAAUGUGCCAGUGAUAUUUUCCAGGCCUCUAACCCGUAUUUGCCCACAAGAGGAGGCACCACUGUGGCAUCAGGGGGCCGAUUCCGCUGCCCGUCCUGUAGACAUGAAGUGGUUUUGGACAGACAUGGGAUAUACGGACUCCAGAGGAACCUGCUGGUGGAAAAUAUCAUUGACAUCUACAAGCAGGAGUCCACCAGACCAGAAAAGAAGUCGGACCAGCCCAUGUGUGAGGAGCACGAAGAGGAGCGCAUCAACAUCUACUGUCUGAACUGUGAAGUCCCCACCUGCUCUCUGUGCAAAGUCUUUGGGGCACACAAGGAUUGCCAGGUGGCUCCCCUCACUCACGUGUUCCAGAGGCAGAAGUCCGAGCUCAGUGAUGGCAUUGCUGUCCUUGUGGGAAGCAAUGACCGAGUCCAGGGAGUGAUCAGCCAGUUGGAGGACACCUGUAAAACCAUUGAGGAAUGCUGCAGGAAACAGAAGCAGGAACUUUGUGAGAAGUUUGAUUACCUGUAUGGCAUCCUGGAGGAGAGGAAGAAUGAAAUGACCCGAGUCAUUACCCGAACCCAAGAAGAGAAAUUGGAACAUGUCCGUGCUCUGAUCAAAAAGUAUUCUGAGCAUUUGGAGAAUGUAUCAAAGUUGGUUGAGUCAGGAAUCCAGUUCAUGGAUGAGCCGGAAAUGGCCGUGUUUCUUCAGAAUGCCAAAACCCUAUUACAAAAAAUUUCUGAAGCAUCGAAGGCAUUUCAGAUGGAGAAAAUAGAACAUGGUUAUGAGAACAUGAACCACUUCACAGUCAACCUCAAUAGAGAAGAAAAAAUAAUACGCGAAAUUGAUUUUUACAGAGAAGAUGAAGAAGAAGAGGAAGAAGAAGAAGAAGGAGAGGGAGAAAGAGAAGGAGAAGAGGUGGUAGAGGUGGAAAGGGUAGAAAAUGUUGGAACAGAGUCGUCAGGAGCAGAUGAAAGUCCGGGGAAAGGCUUGCAGCCCUCUCAGCUGGCCUCGGAGCUCCAGGCUGCCCCAGAGCCACUUCCGGUUUCCUCUCCAGAGCCACCUCCAGCCCUGCCACCUGCUGUGGAGGCCCCGGUGACACAGGGGGAGGUUGUGCCCACUGGCUCUCAGCAGACCACAGAGUCUAAAACUCCAGCCCCUGCAGCAACGGACACUGCGGAUCCCUUGUUUUACCCUAGUUGGUAUAAAGGCCAAACCCGGAAAGCUGCCACCAACCCACCUUCCACCCCAGAGAGCGAAGGUCUGGGGCACGUAGGGCCGCCAGGUUCUGAGCCUUCGAAUGUGCAGAAAGCAGAAGUGGCAGAAGCCGCAGCCAGUGAGAGGGCAGCAGUGAGUGGUAAGGAAACUAGUUCACCUGCAGCUACUUCUCAGAUUGGAUCUGAGAACCCUCCCCUCCAGGGACAGGCUGCAGCUUCAGGGAGUGGGACAGGAGCUGACUCUGAGCCAGCUCGCCACGUCUUCUCCUUUUCCUGGUUGAACUCCCUGAAUGAAUGAUGUUCAUUCCAGCUGCUGCCCCUCUGUCUGCCUGGCUGAGAUGCACACAGGCACAGGGAACCUACAUGAAAUUAGCAUGAUGCAGAUGAUGAAAGGGACCUCUGAACAGGAUUUCUGCCCAACAAAGCCCUUUAAUUCCAGAUGACUUAUCCAACACUUUGAAGGAAAACAAUACUCUCAGAAAAUAGUUGCAGAAAAUAUUUGAAAACAGAAACUUGAUCUUAUGCAAAUCUUUUAUUGUGUGGGAAAUAUUAUGAAGGGUAUGUAGGUGUGGUAUGUGUGUGUGCGUCAGUAACAAGUGGCAAGUGUUGAAAAGUAUGCACUACACUGCCGUCUCUAAUAGGCAUUGCUUUUGUUAUUACAUCAUAGUAGCUCUUACUCUCCUUCCCUUUAACAAUGCAGGUGGUCAGUGAAAUUCAGUGUUAAUUCAAAAGUGACUGAUUUAUCAAUUUAUGGACAAAAGGUAAAUCAUUGACCAAAGGUAUGAAAUGUUUCACAAAGGCUUCCUCUUUUCCAUAAGAGAUAUCACUGGAUGUAUAUCCAGAAAUGUUCUUUGACUCUGGUGACACUUUACAGUCCAGAAGGCUGAAGGCCUAGGACAUGUCUUGUGAUGUUUUUCUAAUCUUAGCUUUAGAUAUGCAGAUACCAGACACUUUAGUUAAAAAAGACUUCCCAAGAGGAACUGUCUGGUUUCUCAACUUUCCACUGUGGCACCAAUCAGUGAACCACUGAGAACAACUGCAUGUAUUUAAAUAUAUAUAUACACAAUUCACAUUUUAUAUUUAUAUGUAUAUAUUUAAAUCAUGCUUUAUUUGUCCCACCACAAUGCCUCCUUCAGAACAUAAGUAUAACUUUACUCUGUAUGAACUCAAAUAAAUGCUGUU